GUGAGUGCGUAGUCUUUUCUUCUCUCCAUGCAACCCAUUCGCCCAUUGAGGGCGUCAACGUUGAGGGUCGGAGGUCUGCUGUCUAGCACAGGACUUCCGAUCCCCCGUACAAAUCAGGCACAUGGCCAGUUUGCUCAAGUAAUCCAACACUCACACGCAUCUCUGGUGCAAACCAGGCAUAACACCGGUGGCGUCAGCGUCAAUGGCUAUCCGCGCAGAGUCUUCAAGAGGCGAGUGCAGCGGAUCGAAAAAGCCGUUACCGAGCCAUACCCUCGGCUUGAGUCCAGCGAGAAAACCUUGACCACUGGGGAAUUCCGUUCCCGCUACUAUCGUCUAGCAAAUAAUGAAACCCUAGAGAACCAGAAAGUCAUCCUCACUGGUAGGGUGCGUACCUUAAGACUUAUUGGGAGCAAUUUGAUAUUCUUCGAUCUUGUCCAAGGCGACGAUAAAGUCCAAAUCAUGUGCAAUCGCCGUCUCCUGGAGGAUGUCCCUCCGGCGACCUUCAAGCAGUUCUACCGUCUGCUCCGCCGUGGCGAUGCCUUCUCCGUAACGGGGGUUCCUACGAAGACGGAUAAAGGGGAGCUCACCCUUUUGGCGAGCGAAGUGCCUCGGCUUAUGUCGGCCUGUCUGCACGACAUUCCGCUUGAUGCCAAAGGACAGGAGAACUCGCCGUACCCCCGGCAUGUCCAGUUCCUUGCGGACCAGGAAAUGAAAUAUGUCCUCCGAGCCCGGUCGGCCAUCAUCCAGUACAUCCGCCAGUUCUUCCUGGACCGGGCGUUCAUGGAAGUCAACACUCCUAUCAUCGAAGCGGUUGCCGGCGGCGCCAUUGCGCGUCCAUUCCAUACCACAGCCACCGAGUUUCCCGAUCGUCAAUUGUCGUUACGGAUUGCGCCAGAACUUUGGUUGAAGCGCCUGGUGAUCGGAGGCUUCGACCGGGUAUUCGAGAUUGGGCCUUCGUUCCGCAAUGAAGGCCUCGACAAGACCCACAACCCCGAGUUCACCACCUGCGAAUUCUACCAGGCCUAUGCCAACUUGGAGGAUCUCAUGUCCACUACCGAACAGUUGCUUGGAGGACUGGCGGACCAUAUUCGUGAACUUCACGAAAAUUCCCCCUAUACGGAGAAAGACUCCUUGACGCCGUUCUGCCAAUAUGACUUUUCUGGGCCAUUCCGCCGAAUUGACUUCAUCCCCGCGAUUGAAAAGGAAAUCCAGGGCAAGCUCCCAGACCUCACGUCCCCGACUGCCUUGGAGGAGGUGAUCGAGAUCUUCCGUGACAUCGAACACCCUCUCCCCGACAAAGUCACUCUCCCGCGACUGCUGGAUGAGCUCUGCAGCAUCUACGUUGAACCGCAGUGCAUCAACCCGACCUUCAUCGUCAACCCGCCCGAGUGCCUGUCCCCGCUGUCCAAGACGUUCGUCCAUCCCACCACCGGCCAGCGCGUCGCGGCCCGCGGCGAGCUCUUUAUCGACGGACGUGAGAUGGUGAACACCUACGAGGAGGAGAACUCGCCGUUCGAGCAGCGUCGUAAAUUCGAGGAUCAGGUACGAUACAGCAAAGCGGCCAGUGAGUCGGAAAAGAUCGACGAGAGCUACCUGGAGGCGCUGGAAUGGGGUCUCCCUCCUACCGGUGGCUGGGGAUGUGGUAUCGACCGUCUCUGCAUGCUGUUCACGGGCAAGACCCGAAUCGGAGACAUCCUGCCAUUUGGCAAUCUGCGGAGAGUGAGCUCCCCCACGAUUGCGAUGCCUAUCAAUCAGGCCAUUGAAGACGAGGAAGAUUGGCCUGAGUGACCGGGCAUCUGGCUCGACACGUUGACGCGUCUUGCGCGGCUCUCCCAUUGGUCCGUGACGGAAGUGGAUUUUCGCGAUCUUGCAGUUAGAAUUGUAUGAGUUGUACAUUCACUGCAGCGCUGGAUGGCUGGUUGGACUAGAUAUAGUGGUCCGAGUGAUGCAGCUUGGCUGCCUGUACAUUAUCAUGAUUAGUUACCAAU